GCCAUGUCGUGUAACUUCAUCAAUAAACGACACCUAAUUCCAUGGAAUACUAAUAACACCAUUGGACUUCGACUCUGAAAUUUCUUUAGUCAAUCUGCAACAUUUCUGCAACUGUUGUUACUGACUGUAUAUUGUUGUGUCAGCCUUAGGCUUAAAAGCAACCCCCACAAUUUAUCCAACAGAUUGCAAAUAAUCACCUUUCUUCUUCUUCUUCUUCUUCUCCUUCUCCUUUUAGUACCUCUCUCACUCUUUCUUUCCUUUCUUGACACCACAAUGGACACUAAUCAACCCAUAACCACCACAGCCACGGCUCCUCCUGGGAUUAGCGAGGGAGAGGAGCACCCUCAUUUGCCGAUUCAAGUCCAGAUACAACAGCCAGGACCGCUGCAACGGCGUCGUGUAAAGGGGGUCGACAGGCAUUCCAAAGUCGACGGUCGUCACAGGCGGGUCAGAAUACCAGCCACGUGUUGCCCUGGUAUCUUUCGACUGACCCGAGAACUGGGUCAUCGUUCUGAUGGGGAGACCAUUCAGUGGCUCCUCACCCAGGUCCGACCAGACCUUGUUCUUCCUCUGAAACCUUCCUCCAAGACUCGAACACCGAAAUCGAAUCAUUCCGUUAAUUCCGUAAAUGGGCUUAACGACGUGGUCGUCCCGAGGCCGGUGGUGAGGGUUACCGUCGUUCAGGCUUCCACUGUGUUCUAUGACACCCCAGCUACGCUAGAUAAAGCAGAAAGACUUGUUGCUAGUUCUGCUGCAUACGGAUCACAAUUAGUUGUAUUUCCUGAAGCCUUUGUUGGAGGUUAUCCACAUAGUGUGAUGUUUAAUGCUAUGAAAGAAAGCCAUUUAGAGGAUAACAAUGAGUAUCAAAAGUAUUAUGCCUCAGCUAUUAGUGUGCCUGGUCCUGAAGUUGAUCAGCUUGCAAGCAUUGCUGAGAAAUAUCGGGUUCAUCUAGUAAUAGGAGUAGUGGAGAGAGUUGAAUUGGUUCUCUUUAGCACAGUUCUGUUUUUUGAUGCCAUGGGCCAAUUUCUUGGCAAAUAUCGCAAGUUACUGCCAUUGUCGUCUGAUUCUGCUGUAUGGUGUGGUGGAGAGAAAUCUUCACUGCCCGUAUAUGAAACUACGAUUGGAAAAAUCGGUGGACUUAUAUGUUGGGACAACAGAAUGCCACAUUUAAGAACUGAAUUGUAUGCCAAAGGUAUCGAAAUAUAUUGUGCACCAACAGCAGAAGCAAGAGAUGUAUGGAGAGCAUCAAUGACACAUAUUGCCUUGGAAGGUGGUUGCUUUGUUUUAUCUGCAAAUCAGUUUUGCUUAAGGAAAGACUAUCCAAUGCCUCCAGAAGAAUACACAUCUGGCGACUCAAAUGGCGAUGCAUCUUUAGAUACUGUUGUCUGUUCCGGGGGAAGUCUUAUAGUUUCUCCAUCAGGAACCAUUUUGGCAGGACCAAAUUACCAAGGGGAAUCCCUUAUCUCAGCUGAUCUAGAUCUUAGUGAGAUUGCUCGAGCGAAAUUAGAAUUCAGCGGAGGGGAACGUACUGCUCAACCAAACAAUGGUAACUUUGCAAAGAAAGAUGAUGAAGAUUUGUUUCUCUGUUCUGUGAAAGUGGAAGUUGGUGAUGAUGAACUGUAAUAUAAAUUUGAUUUAGUAGAUUAUGCCUACUGUAAGUCAUAUUGUAGAGUCUUUGGGCUAACUUUAGUGCCUGGUGUAUAAUGAAUGCCACUCAUUCUGAUUUUUUUAAGGUUCAACAUAAUAGGGCAGUUGAUGGUUUUCCCCCUAAGGCUUCAGGAUAUUGUUUCUGUGCAUCUUUUUGUGUGCAGUCAAUGGGAUAGGAAGGAAUUACUAUGUUUUUAAUCUAAACUCCUUGAGCAUAUUUUACGAGUUAUUUUCCUUUUCUA